CUCUAUUAUGUCGCCUUGUGGAAUAUGGUGGACACGUUGUACAUAGCGGCGCUGUCCGAGCAACGUCGGACUAUCCAACAAACGUUUUUAUGUCUAUUUGUUUUCUUCGAUUAAUCAGGAAGCUCAAAAUUCGGUGUAAUUUGGGAAUAAAACCUUUCUAGAAACUCUUGAAGCCUAUCUAUACCCUUCUAGCCGAUGAUCUCUCUACCCUCAGAUUCUGGGUUUUCUUCUUAUUUCUACUAUAAUAUUGGAUUAUCGUAUUAUUUGUUUGAAUUUGUGAGGGUUUACUAGGUCAAAUUUGAGAUUUGUGGGUCUAUUGUUCUGGUCAAUGAAAAGGAUUUCUUGAAUCUAAGAAACGAAAGUUGAAUCCUUUAGUUUGAUUUUAGCUUUGCAAUGUUUUAUAAAUUGAUUUGAGCUGAUAUUGAUCAUCUGCAAUAUCAAUAUAUUGUAGAAAUUAAGGAAUCGAAGAUCGGGGAGAUUGGAUAAUUUAGCAAGAGAUUUAUAUUGUAUAGGAUAUGGGUUAUAAUAACUGGAAAGAAAAGGGAAUAAUUGGUGAUAUUGAGAGCGGUGGGACAAGUAGUGAAGAUGAUACCGGAAGUGAUUCUGUAUUGGGCAAGAAACAGGCGAAAGAAUUGUUGAAGAAGAUAGGUACUAGUAGUGUAUUGGGUUUUAAUGGAUCGUCUGAGGUUGAGCCUAGCCCUAAAUCAAAGGGUAUUUUGGGAGAAAGGAGUGAGGAGUCGCGUGAAAGUGUAAGGUUGAUGAUAGAAGAAAAGAAUCCCGUUGGACUGCAAAAUCAAAAUCUUAUGCCAGUUGUGGAGAAGAAACGUGAAAAAGAGCGAUCAAAGAUUGGAAAAUAUAAAAAGGCUCCCAAGCCGCCACGGCCUCCUAAAGGUCCAACCUUGGAUGCUGUUGAUAUGAAGCUGGUGAAAGAGAUUUCUGUGCUUGCCACAAAGAAGCGUGAAAGAAUUGAACGGAUGAAAGCAUUGAAGAAGAUGAAAGCAGCCAAAUCAUCGUCAUCAUCACCAUCAUCUUGCAGCACCUUUCCGGCCAUGAUCAUCACAAUUCUCUUUUGUCUUGUGAUAAUCUUCCAAGGACUUGGUUCAAGAAAUAGUUCGCCUGUAAUAUUCCCUGGGGCUCCCGAGCCAGCAAUGAUGAACAAAGGCUUGAUUUCUGUCGAAUUUUACAGGAAUGGUUUGUCAAAUGAUGACAGAGUGCCAAAUUCGUAUUCUCCCGUUUCUGCAGGACAGCUCUCUGGUUUAGAAUUCAGAUCCCAGGAAUAGAGUUAGCUUCACAUUUUGUCAUCAUAGCAGUGAGAUGUAUAUAUAAAGAUUAAGGAACAUGGGAUUGAAGUAUUUAGAGUUCAUUUGUACAAUCAUUAAUUUAUUAAUUUUAUUUGCAGUCCUUCCCUUUACAAAAUUCA